AUGGAAUGGGUGAAUAAAUCCUUUAUUAGAGAAAAGACAGUCGACGAAGAGGAACCAAAUCAUGCUACAAUACAGGUUGAAAUAGAAGACAAUAUCCUACCAAUAACAGAAGAGGAUAGUGAGAAAAGACUAUAUGCUGAGAAGCCUGGUGAGUUGGUGGAAGAAAUGGAGGUCAAUGAAUUAAAGGAUGAUAAACAGGUUCCUUUACCUGUGGUAGCUGUUAGGAUCAAAUCUCCUAUGAAGGACCUGCAUGAUGUUGUCUCUCAUAAUAUCAUAGAGUUUGAGAUUAUUCAUGAAACAUAUGAAAAGGUUGCAAGCACCUGUGAUGUUGAGGAAUCUGAGGUUGUGGCUGCAGUCUUAAAUAAUGUAGGAGUGGCAGCAGGAAUAUCUCCAAAAUCUCACUCUAAGGCAUCAAAGAAGAAACAUGGUAACUCUAAAGGGCAACCACUUAGAGUUAUUCCAUACAGAGCAACAAAAGAUGUGGAUAUUGUGUGGGAUGAUUCUCAACAAAUUUCCUGUAAGCUUACUUUCCAACAGAUGAACAAGAUCAUGAUUGUCACCGUGGUCUAUGCAAAGUGUGAUGCAAUGGAAAUAUUAGCUUUGUGGAAUAGUCUUUAUGUUCUAGCUGAUGGGAUGGUAGCUCUUUGGCUGAUAGGGGGUGAUUUUAAUGUGAUCUUAAAUGAGGAAGAGAAGAUUGGUGGACUGCCAGUAUUGCCUUCUGAAUAUGAAGACUUUGCAUUUUGUAUUAACUCAUGUGAACUAAUUAAAGCAGGUUUUAAAGGAAGCCCUUUCACUUGGUGGAAUGGGAGAUCUGAUGGGCAGUGUAUCUUCAAAAGGCUUGAUAAAAUGCUAUAUAAUAAUUUGAUGCAGCAAUGGUAUGGUCUCAUUGAAGUGGACCAUCUUGCUAGGACUGGUUCUGACCAUGCUCCUUUGUUGUUAUCCUGUAAUGAACAACAACAGCAAUUUAUUAGGCCUUUUCAAUUUAUGAAGCAGGUGUUUGGGGACAUAUUCAAGCAGUUGACUAUUAGAGAGGACAUUGUGAGAAUUAAAGAACAGUUGUUUGAAGAGUCUCCUACUGAAGUUAAUAGAAUGGGGUUACAAAGAGCUCAAGCUGAACUUAAGAGAUACUUGCACUAUGAAGAGGAGUUUUGGAGACAAAAGUCUAGCUAUGAUUGCUUUGCUGAGGGGGAUAAAAACACCAGAUUUUUUCACAAUAUUGUCAAUGGUAGGAGGAAAAGAACUCUGAUUAGGAGGAUUCAAAAUGCUGAUGGUAAUGGGAUAGAAAGUGCUAAUGAGAUAGCUGAUGAGGCCAUCUCCUUUUAUCAGAAGCAAUUCAGUCAGGAGUCAAUGCAGAACUUUCAAUCUGAAAUGGCUAUAUUGGAUCAUAUUCCUAGUAUGCUUUCACAGGAGGAAAAUGCAGACAUUGUUGCUAUCCCAACUAUGGAAGAGGUCAAACGGGAUGUGUUUGAAUUAUCAGGGGAUAGUAUUAGUGGUCCAGAUGGACUCACAUGUAUUUUUUAUCAAUGCUGCUGGGAAACUAUUGAUGUAGAUGUUUUUAAUACGGUAAAGGUGUUCUUUGAGGGUCAGACUUUGCCUAAGUCUAUUACUCAUACAAACCUGGUUUUGUUGCCUAAGAAGAAUGAAGUGGAAAGUUAUUCUGACAUGAGGCCUAUUAGCCUUAGUAACUUUAUCAACAAAGUUAUCUCUAGGGUGGUGCAUAACAAAUUGGAGAAGGCCCUACCUAGAUUGAUAUCUACCAAUCAAUCAGGUUUUGUAAAGGGCAGAAAUAUCAUUGAGAAUGUUUGGCUAACCCAAGAGAUUGUUUCUGAUAUAAGGUUAAGAGGCAAGCCAGCUAAUGUAGUCCUCAAAUUGGACAUGACUAAGGCCUAUGAUAGAGCCUCUUAG